UUCCUGCAACAAACGAAUUACCGACUAUAACCAUGCAGGUCAGUCAUGCGCAGAUCUCUAGUUGUUGAAUAUUUCUCUUUCGAUAUGGCUACCGAAAGAUUUUAUUGAAAACAAAAUUAAGAAAUUAGAAAUUUUCACCGCGGAGAUUGCCGAGUGUGACCAACGCAAACUGGUAAUUUGAAAACACUGUGAGAAUUUUUCACAAACGUGGAUCAAUUAUGCAGAAUUUUGAUGAUCUUGAUAUAGAAGGUCGUAAUCCUUCUCACUUAUCAGAGGCAGGCAAGGAGAAGGAAGAAUACGAUCGAAAACGUUUAAUGAGGAGCAGUGUCACUGCUGAAGAUGGCACGCUCAGACCCGUGUAUUCUGAAACCGAAGAUGGUGAUAUAUGGUGUCAUAUAUGUAACAUAGCUCUGUUCGGAGCUCACAAGUUACUGAAUCAUAACAUGUGUAAUCGUCAUAAGAUGAAAUUAGAUGAAUGGCCAUAUCCAGUUUUGUUAUGGUCCAAACGAUCGGAUAUUGUAAAAACAGUUCCACCAGCACAAUCAGCUGCUAUAGGCGAUGGUUUGGCACCUGGAGAACCAGUACCACCUGGUAUGGAAGAUCAAAUAACCAGAACAACAACAAUUCAGAUGAGUUUGGAUCGCCACAGAAGUUCUCCCCUUGUCGGCCUUGAAUACCUACUUGAACUGGUUGAUAAUGAUUCUUGCGAACCCAGUUAUACAUGUGUUUUAUGCGAUAAAAGGGGUGACCCUCGUACUGUUAUGGCUCAUAUUACCAGUUAUAAUCAUAGAAUAACAUAUCUAAAUAGACAUUUCCCUACAAUUUCGCGUGCUAUUACGGAACUACCGCGUACUCCUAAUUAUAAACGUGGAGCUAACGAAAUAUCGGUGUUAGUGGCUAAGAAGAUUGAAGAACGAUUCGGAAGAUUACAACCACAGUUGGUUGAUAAGAAUCAAUUUGAAAAAAAUAAGAUGCAAUACAUCAAGAGAGUCUACCAGGAUUAUCACUUUAGGGAAACGCCAGAAUUAACAUUUAUGGAUGUUUACGAUGUGCGAUGGGUAACGAAUUUCGAAGAGAAGAUGGCUGAAGUGGCUGGUAAUAGUGGUCCGAAGAAAGAUUCUCAACCUGCUGAUGAGAAGCUGGAUGAUAAACAUAAGAGUGAAGACAAGAAACACGAAAAGUCACCACCAAAGAAAACAGAUUCUAAAUCAGAUACUACAAAAUCGGGAUUCAAGAUUCGCAUUUUCACAAGGGAUAAAUUAAGUAUCCGUAAGCCGUUAGAUAAGGAAGAAGAGAAUGUAAGAAAGUCUCCUAAGCGUCCCUCUGACGAGACAAAGUCUCUUUCGUCACUGUCAAGCAUAUCAAGUAGCCCUUCGCCAUCGCGUUCACGAUCACGGUCUCCCAUUCGUAAUCGCAAAACUAGUUCAAUGGAUAAAGGUGGCAGGUAUCGUACCAAAUCGCGUUAUUCGCGGGAUCGAACGCGUUCUCGUACACGUUCACGGUCGCGUUCACGUUCACCGGAGCCACUGAGAGAACGAGAUAAAUGGGAUAAGUAUCGUGACCAAAUUCGACGCGCCGAAGAGACGCUUGAUCGUGCAUUGAAAUUUCACGAAAAGAAUCCAGAGAAACAUCCGUCUUAUCCUGACGAGUGGAAAAAAUUCUGGAACAGGCGAUAUAAAGAAUUACAAGCGGAAGGGAAAGACCCUAGUAAACAUGACUUCAAGCCAGAAUGGAUAGAGUUCUGGAACAAACGAAUGCGUGAGAUUCACAAUGAACAAUUGCAGCAACGAAAAGAAGAAAUCAGAAAACGAUUAGAAUUGCCGGAAGACAAGCCGCCAGAAAAGUGGAUACCAUCGAAUAGACGUGAUAGAUCUCCGCCUAAAAGGAGUCGUCAUCGCAUAGAGAGCGAUGACGAAGUAGAGUAUGUCGGUACAAAAACUGUUAAAACAGAUUAUUAUGAUCAUCAUGACCUUAGAGAUCGUGAUUAUGCGUACUCGUCAUAUGUGCGUGGUAGGGGAAAUACGUAUAGAAGUAGUUACUAUCCUCGUGGUGUUACACGUCCGAGAUCAAUACAUUACGCGACACCAUAUCCGGUGAAAGAAAAAUCUCCAAGCCCUAUACCAGAUGAUAUAUUAACUGAAGAUUUAGAAGUAGUUGGCUUGUUGAGAUUACUCACGGCACUGGAAGGUCAAUUGGGCUCUCUUGGGCCCAAGAUAGUGUCUCUUCUUUCGAAAGCAUUGGCAGCAGAGAAGGCUAAACCAAACUCUGCCGAGGAAUUACUUUACGACGAAGAGGUGAGUGUGCUUUUUGAAACGGUUAAAGAAAAACUUAAAGGUCAAUUAUUUGCUGGAAUGAUAGAAAAGAUGGCUAUAACACCAACGAAGACAGCAAUUCAAAAUAUUGCUCAGUUGUUGCAUAAAGCGACAGAAAGUAAGAAGAAAAUGGAAGAAGAAAAAAAGAAAAAGAGAGAAAUGGAGACCGCGAAAUCGGCAAAUUAUAUUCAAAGAACAGUCUAUACAAGGCCGGUAGAGGUAAUUACACCUACAAUCAAAUCCGAACCAGUUAGCGUACCUGGCGUUGGUACCGUCGAUAAAGUAGCUAUAGCCCAACAAAUAGCAGCUGCUUUAGUAGCUCAAGGUAGAUCAAAUGUAUCGCAAGAGGAAUUAGAAACUCUUAUUAACGCUGUUGUCGGAAUGGCUGAAGCGUCCAAAAAUUCUGAUAAACCAGUGACUACGGCUGAUUUUGUUAAAGGGUUGGCAAGAGGUAAUACUUCUCUUCCUCAGACUACAUCUGCACCUGCGACCUUGACAACAGCGGAUACGAUUGAUCAUCAAACUUCUAAAAUGGAAAGUUUAUCGGACGCAGAUUUAAAAGCACUGUUACAAAAUUUUAAAGAUUUAUCCUCUCAGGAACAACACGGACUGAUUAAUUUCUUAAAAAAAUUAGAAGUCACAGAUCCAGUUCGAGUAGAAAAAUUAAGGGCGUUUGUUAACUUGGGUUCAACGUCCAUAGUAUCUUCCAUGCCAAAAAUAAAGUCCCCAACGCCAGAGAAUAUAGAAACGAAUAUUAAAUCCAACAGAAGUAUUUCGCCGUUCUCUGUGCGCAAAGGAAAUCAAAAUCCCGUUGAAGAGGAAGAUAAAUGGAAACCUAAAAUAGACAUGUUUGCAAAUGAUGACGAGGAAGAACAGCAAACAAAGAAUGAUAACGAAGAUAAACAGAAAGCGAAGUUAGAUUUGUCAGAUGAUGACGAUGAUUACACAUUUGAAGAUAUUUAUAAGGCAGCGGAUAAAAAUGUUAGCGAAAAUGAAAAGGCAAAGAAGAAAUCGCGAGGAUUUUCGAAGUCGGUAUCGAAUUCGCCAAAAUCCUGGACACGAUCUCGUUCACGUUCAAGAUCACGUUCUCCGGUCAGGCCAAAGGAAUUAACGAAAACUAACGAUCCAAAUGCAAUACUAAAUGAAACGAAACGUUUAAUCGCUCAUAUAAUGGGAGAUCUUCCAAAUAAAUAUGUGCCAAAAUCGCACUUGUCACUUGGAAAUGAAAAUGCUGAACAAAAUACAUCGAAACCGUUGGAUCAAAUUCCCAAUACUUCUACAGCUCCUUUGUCAAACUUUUAUAAUCAAGGAUAUGUUCAAAAUACUCAACAAACUUGCACCCGUCCACAAGCACCCCCUCUUAGUUAUCCCAGCAUGUCCAACCAGCAAUUCCAAAAUUAUCCACAUCAACAAGUUUAUAGCGGUAAUCAGAAUUACGUGGAUAAUGGUUAUAAUUACCAAGGAUAUGGCGCUAUAGGCAAUCAGGGUCAGUAUAGUGGACCGUCCAUGGCAUCAAAUCAAUACCCGAAUCAGCAAAAUUAUGGUGGGUCACCCUAUGGUGGACUACCCACCAAUCAUUCUUCGAAUUACUCUCAACAACCGCCGCAACAGCAAUACGGAAAUUAUGUGCAACAACAACGUUUCUACUAAAGUGACUAUUUAGAAAUUGUUCAUAAGAAUGUAUUGAAGUUUUGCUGUGACUGUGAAUCUAUUUACAAUUGUUACAGAACUAGUUUUCUCCUUGAACGCUGUAUAAGUGUUCAUAGGAAAGCUUAAUGUUACUAGUUCAGGGAUUAUUAAUUAAGACAUAAGAGUGGUCAAAAUUUAAGAAAUUUCUAACCAAAUUGAAUGCAUCGUGUAAAUAUAUUUAAAAAUUCAUGAACAGUUCCGUUGCUAAGGACUUCCUGAUGAAUUUUACAUUUACAUUUGCCAUUCCUCUUCAUACAUGAGAAAUUUAUUUCCAUGUGAUUUUUAUACAUUUAUAAAUCGCGUGUGUCUCGCUUUGAGACGGCAAAGAUUUAUUAGAAAAUAUCUCAAUUCGCUUAAGUAUAUCGCAGUAGGCGCGUGGUGUGAACGUGGAUUUAUGGAAUGAAGUGUUGAGGCAUCAAUGUCAGCGGGAAUGAAGUAAGUAAAGAAAAAUAGGAACGUAAUUGAAAGAAACGUCUUUACUCUCGAUUACAAUUUUGUUAUGCUAUCUUUCAUUCAAUCUUAUUAAUUGAUAAUAUGUUUAUCAUAUUUAUAAUUUAGCAGGUUCAGAUAAGUGUGAUAAAACAUCAAAGGAGUCGAAAGUAUUGAACAUUAUUUUUACAAGCACUUUUAACGUUAAAAAAAUAUACAUAUACAUAUAUAUUUACUAUGUAUAUGUAUACACAUAUACAUACGUAAUAGCGAGGACAACUAUGUGUAAUUUUUUAAUUAAGAGAACAUGUUGUAAAAGUGUAUUAAAUUAGUAAAGAAUAAUCUUCGUUUUGUAAAUACUUUUAUGUGUAUAAGUUUUUCAUAUUUCAGAGAAACUAUAAAUACACCAAGGAACUUGUUCUUAAUAUUCAAUAAUAAUAAAAAUAGAAUUAAAUUAAUAAUAAACAUAGCAGUAUAAAAAAAAAGAUACUUAAACAGAUCUCUUUACCCUACAUUUCACAAUUUUAUUUUAACAAAUAUCAUCAAUUUAAAUAUACAACUGCCAGCCUUCAAAAAUAAACAUAAAUCUAAAUUAAUAGGAUUAUUUUUUUCUUUUUAAUCAGUCUUGAUUAUUUGACCUGUCAAUCGGUAAUUAAAUAAACGAAACGUGCCAGAUAUAUUUUUUCAUUU